AUGGCGGCCAUAUCGUCGCUUCCCUUCGCGGCGCUGCGCGGAGCUACCGAGUGGAGGCCGUCGUCGACGGCGGCGGCCGUCUCCGGCGCCGUCGUGCUCAGCGCGAGGUCUCGCCGGGGCUCGCGCUCGGUGGUGCGCUGUGUCGCCGCGGCGGGUGAUGUCCCACCUACUGUGGCAGAAACAAAGCUGAACUUCCUUAAGUCAUACAAAUGCCCAAUCCCAAGCAUUUACAGUGCAGUCUUACAAGAACUUUUGGUGCAGCAACACCUAAUGAGAUACAAAAGAACCUAUCAGUAUGAUCCUGUGUUUGGUCUUGGCUUCGUCACUGUCUAUGAUCAGCUCAUGGAAGGGUACCCCAGCAAUGAGGACAGGGAUUCCAUCUUCAGGGCAUAUAUAACAGCAUUAAAUGAAGAUCCUGAUCAAUACAGAGCUGAUGCACUAAAGAUGGAAGAGUGGGCACGUUCCCAGAAUGGUAGUUCCUUAGUUGAUUUUUCUUCCAGAGAUGGAGAAAUUGAGACCAUUCUGAAAGACAUAUCAGAAAGGGCCAAGGGUAAAGGAAACUUCAGCUACAGCCGAUUCUUUGCAGUUGGCUUGUUCCGUUUGCUUGAGCUUGCAAAUGCAACGGAGCCAACAGUACUAGACAAGCUUUGCACUGCGCUAAAUGUCAGUAAAAGAAGUGUGGAUAGGGACCUUGAUGUUUACCGUAACAUACUCUCAAAGUUGGUUCAAGCCAAGGAACUUCUCAAGGAAUACGUGGAUAGGGAAAAGAAGAAGAGAGAAGAAAGAUCAGAAACCCCAAAGCCGAACGAAGCUGUCACAAAAUUUGAUGGAAACCUUUAUUCCAUGAGGCAUUAG